CUAAUCAUUUCGCUUCGGGCACGCGAGCGGGAAGGUGGCACGACGCGUCUCCUCCGUGGCAUUAGUGGCAGUCUUGCAGUGCGUGCAUUAAUCGAGAAGAUUCUUGAAUGGCAUAAAUCAGACCAAGAGAAUACAAAAGGACGGACAUAAAAAUAAACGGAACAUUUCCAAAUAUAUUCUUGUUAUUUUUAUACAAAGAUACUGUUUCCUUGUCAUUGUCAUUCGAGUUAUUAAUGAUUCAUACCCAUCCCCGAGGGCAUCUACAAGCGUAAAGAAAUGUUGAGACUGUUAAAACGCUGGUUUUUACCGGCGGUCGCGUUCAUCAUCGCAACAUCAUGUGAGGGUGCUGACCCGACUGAGCCUCCUGCUUCCCUGAGCUUCAUACAAAAGGACGUGGAGAUCGUACGGGGAGAUUCCGCGCUGCUCGACCUUACGCUCAGCGGCGAGAUCACCAGCUGUAUAAACGUGACCUUUACUUCUGAACCAAAGCAACUGACGGAGGAACUGGAGGCGUUCGAGUUGUGCGACGCCAAGAAUGGCACGUCGUGGCAGAUCUCCUUCAACGCAACCACCGUCGGAAAGACUGUGGUGCACGUGCACACCUUCCCGCCGGGGCUCGUCAGCACAGAGGAGGCCUUCGUGCGGCUGGCGGUGAUCGUCGACCCUGGACUCAACAUCUUUGGCGACGUCCUGGGCUGGGUCUACACGAUCGCCUGGGACAUCUCCUUCUUCCCGCAGAUCAUCCACAACUGGCGCAGGAAAAGUGUCAUCGGCCUGAGCUUCGACUUCCUGACGUUCAACUUCAUUGGGUUCUUCUCGUACUUCCUCUUCAACAUGGGACUUUUCUGGAUUGAUGGAAUUCAGGCCGAGUACUUCGACAGGAACCCGACCGGCGUGCUGCACGUGCGCCUCAACGAUGUCAUCUUCCCCCUGUACGCGCUGGUGUGCACGGCGAUUCAGAUCGUGCAGUGCUUCUUUUACGAGAAAGAGCCUCAACAACGAGUGUCCACCACCUGUCGCAUCAUCUCAGCAGUGUUGAUCGCUUCCGCCUUGAUUGGGUGCGUGGUGGUGCCUUUGGUGGAAAGCCUGCUGUGGCUCGAUCUUUUCUACUGGCUUUCCUACAUCAAACUCAUUAUCACUGCCAUUAAAUACACUCCACAGCUAUGGGAAAACUACCAGCGGAAGAGCACAGCAGGGUGGAGCAUAUACCAAGUCAUUCUGGACUUCACUGGAGGCUCUUUGUCCCUUAUCCAGAUGUUCCUCCUGGCUGGCAACUAUAAUGACUGGUUAUCCAUCUUGACGGACCCUGCUAAGUUGGGUUUAGGCCUGCUCUCCAUAUUCUUCAAUAUUUUCUUCUUUAUUCAGCACUACUGUCUAUACAAAAAUUCAGAGAAGAGAAAACAGUCUGCAGAAUCUGGUCAUCUGGAGAAGAAUGGGGAACUCAUAAAUGGAAAGGAAGCCUCACCCAACAGUAUACCAGAGGUUUCAACUCAUAUGUAGUCUAUGCUGCAUAUCGUUUACCCAAUUCUUAUACUUCUUUAUCCUCUUUUUCCUGUUUUUUUUUUUCUUUUUCUUUUUCUGCAUUCACUUCUAUUUGAUUAAUUCUCAUGUUCAUAUUUUGAUAAAAACACAGGAAGUAAAAUAACGAACAUAGUUUUCUUAAACAAAUCUAAGUGUAUAGUUCGCCACUGUGUUCCGAUCCCUUUAUAUUUAUGCGAAGACAUGUAAUUUGAACCUGAGUAAUUUCACUGAGCAAUAACUGUGUAAUUCAUCUCCUUGAUUUCAUGGAGAUAAAGCCAACAAAGACUAUCAGAUGAAACACACAAAACCAUAUUUUGUUCUAUAAAAUUACUCAUUUUCCUAUUUCUUGAAUCUGUGUUUACAAUGAAGUAUUAGUAUAUAUUAUUUGUGUAAAUAAUACAAAUUGUGUUUGUGUAAACAAUACAAAUGCUAUAAGUGAAAGACACUGGAAGGUGAUGAGUGAAACAAGUUUAUAAGUGCUUUAGUUGUGCUAGAACUUUUUUUUCUUAAUAAAUACAUCUAUCAAG